AUGAAGUCAACUGCUUGGACCAGCAAACAGAAGGCGUUUUUCUUGAUUGGUCAUCUUGAUGGUAUUGCCCGCGAGAAGAUCGAGGAACUGUCGAGUGAGGAGCAUGAAGACUACUCGUGGCCCACCUCAAGCAGUCCUUCGAAGGUCCUCAGUACAGAUACAUGGCUCGCCAAUCUCUGGCGUCCUGUCGACAACAGGUCGGCGAAUCAGCAGCGAUAUUCGCCAACCGCCUGCUGCUCUUGGUUAGAGCAGCUAUGGCUGGUCAUGACCCGGCUAGCCAGAAGGAACGCGUCCUCGAGGAGUUCGAGACUUAGACCGGACAUACGUUAUUACGUCAAACUGGAUAAUCCGGCGACAUUCGAGAAGGCCGUUGCGAAAGCACAGAUGGUGGAGCAGUUGUUAGCAGAAGCCACAGCAGAUCGCCUUAUACGACCAUCGCAGCCAGCGCAACCCAUUGAGGGUAUUCGGAGCGCUGGACCUCAGCAAUCUGGUAUACUCGCUUCUACAUGCUUCAACUGCGGUGGAUCCGGAAAUUAUUCUCGAGUUUGCCCUACGCCACGCGCUAAUCGACGUCAGCCAGGGGACAUAUGGAUCAGUGACUCCAGAGAAUUUGCUCUGUCUUGGACUGACUCCAGUGUUCGCGUCAAAGAUUGUGGAGCCGACCUCACCGUUUCCGACCAAGCAUUGUGCGAUCGCACUAAUCUGUUAGCGUUCGCACUUCACACCUCGUUGGCGAUUGAUCCUACUUUAACGGUCCGUAAUCUUCUGGAUAGAGACGACAUCGCCGCCACGUUUUUGGGCAACGACCUCCUUCAGAUUCACCACUGUAUGAGCUCUACCAUUCGUCAAGAAGCGGCAACUCCACUCACCUCGUCCCUGUUGUUUCUCCGGUACUCCCCACGGCGCGUGCUCGUGAUCGCGACCAUAUCGGAUUGGCUCACGUGGAAAUUGACGCCACCAAUGCGUGGCCGCCUCGCGCAUCGAUCGCUCAAGUCGACGUGUUGUACCUAUCCGAUCGAGAUCGAUUCUUCGUGA